AUGGACAAAGUCAUAAAAUUGUUAAUAAUUAUAAAACUUUUUCUCCAGAUUACCACCCACUCUCGAUUGUUGUCACAAGCAAAUUCUCGUGCCAUAGCGUCAGCCGCUGGGUUUAAAGGUUCACAGUCUUAUUGUAUCAGCCUUCAGGAAUUUCAUACAGAGCAACAGUUCAUCAAGACAUUAGAGUAAGUGAAGUUAAUGUUAUACGUGUGACGAAAGAAUUGGGGUAUUAACUAUAGGAAUUUAAGAUUUUGGGCGUGUGCAUGCGUGCCAGUUACCCAUGCAGAAUAGUCAAAUGCAUAUGCACGGUGCCAGUUAUGCUUGUUAAAUAUAGACUAUUCCAGUAAUUGUUUUAUGUGAUUCAACCAAAAACAAGUGCAUCCAGGGAUUAAUACGAGCACUUUUCUACUACCAGUACGUACGGUAGUAAAAAGUCAAUCUUCAUUUGAGCUUUGAAAAUCAAUCUUUCUCCGUAACUAUACUUUUCACAAUAUGCUGUGAAGAAAUUGUGGCAUAUCUGAAUAAUUAACAGCAUGUAGAACGAAGAAAGUAUUAUCGAAACCGCUAGCGCUAAAGUGGUAAAUUGGUCUUUCGAGAUUUGCUCGCGCGGAAUUGCACACCUCGUGACCACUUUUGAAUUUCAACGGACUUCGUAAACAAUCUGUGAUGUUCUACUGGAAAUGGCGUUUUUCGUGAAAAAUUGCUUUGCAUUAUUGUUAUGAGGUUAAAUUCAAGUCAGUGACCGAUCAAUGGAUCGAUCGAUGGAUAGAGUAAACAAUCCGGGGAGAGCUUGCAAAUUAUUUUUUAUUACGUUUCCUCGAGCUUCGGGACGUUCGGCCAACUAAUCGUUCAUAGCUAUUUGUAGAUUAUAACAAUCUAUAUUUAUAUUCAUGAUGGUACAUGUUCUUACUUAUUUAUCCGACAUUUAGAGAAGUUAUAAUCAAAUUACUGUUGCAUUUCAAGCACUUGUUAUUAUAUGAUAUGCCCCCUGCAAUAUAAAUUCACGUGCUCUUAUAUCAUAGAAUAUAUUUUAUCAUUUUACAAUGGCGGACAUGGACGAGCGGUGACUAUUGAGCGGCGGUGUGUAUUACAACUGAGGUUGAUUGUAUUAUAGCACAGUGGUUUAUCUAUCAAAGAUACGGAGCGAUGUAUACUUGAAUAAGUGCCAGUGGAUAGUUUUGAUAUAAAAUUAUAAGUCAGCAGCUGAUUUAUAUCAGCUAGCUUAUAUUCUUUCAUGUUUCGCUACUCUGGUUUAAAUAAAUGAUUAUAGCUUAUUCUUGUAUUAUUAUAUCGCGAUAUAACCCGCGGAAAGGAGGAACCGCUCACAGUCUAUAUCAGCUAGCUUAUUCUUGUAUUAUUAUAUCGCGAUAGAGCUAGGUUUACAUGGCCCAAUAAAUAGUAAAUAAUACAAUAAAAUUGAAAUUUUGCUCCAGAGGCAACAUGCCGAGGUCGAGCGUAUUUAUAUAUUAGGGAGUUUACGAAUGUAAGACGGUGACGUCAGGUCGACGACUAAAGAAACUGUUUCAAAUAAACGAUUGUAUGAAAAUAUUGUUUUGUAUUUACUUUUGUAUGAAUCUUAAAUAGUUUUGAAAGAGCAAAACAGAGCUUUAACCCUCCGACCAAUGUUGAUCAACUUUGCUAGAAAAACUACCUGUGACGGCGUGCAAUGCUAGCCUACUAUACAAGACGUGAAAAUAUACAUUUUGCCGUUGUCAACAGAGCUUGGACGACGUCUAAAAUCCCUGUUAGACUUCAUUUCUUUUGUACUAUAGGAUUAAUGUCAUUGUAUUGAUAGCCGUCGUCCUAUUAUUAGAGAUCUUACGAUUUUAGGACGGCAACGCGACGGCGACGGCCAAAACAAACUCCUUCAAAUAAAUGGUAUAGUAAAGAUAGUUCGUCGUAUAUUAUCAAUCGUAUGAAUUUAAUACAGUUUUAGAUGUUGAAGACAUGGGUUUUAUUGUUGGGAAGAGUUCUGCAAAACCCAGUUUGAAGUUGCACUUGUUGUAGCUUGGAAUGCAGCCGUUGUAUCAAGACGUGAAAAUCUGUGAUUUGGCGUUGUAAACCGCAGGGCGAGGACAAUGUCUAAAUUAUUCAUAUAUUGUAAUUACUCAUUUCUUUUCAAUUAUCUAUUGUAUUGGUAGCCGUUGCCGUCGCGUUGCCGUCCUAAAAUCGUAAGGUCUCUAACAUAGCGGCGACGCCGGCGAGAGAUGAUCUAGUGUUUGUAGUGAAGUAUAUUAUUUUUAAUAGCUGAAAUUUCUGUACUCAGUGUAUAAUCUGUAGUCAGUAAUCUCAGUUCGUAUUGUUUCCGAGACGUUUUAUAUUAUAAUCAGUAAUUCCAAGCUUUUGUCAAACUAUUGGUAUUUCUCAUUUAUGCAGUUAUGGCAUUUCAUUGAUAAACUUUAAAAUAUUAUAUUAGUGAGAAAUAUUUAGAUGUCGGCCAUAGUUCUGUUUGCAUAUUAUUAAAGUCAUUAGACAACAACUUCUGGAGCACGGGGCCAGCACGCAGUCGACUUGAACUCAUCCUGUUUUGUCAUUGGCUUUCUAAAUCUGGAAAUGAUUUCGAAUGCCAAGUGCCGGACAACAAUUUCUUACAAGCUGUUCAUUUUUUAUUCAUUUCGAUUUUCGAAGGCGGUUUAUUUUGUUUUGUAUUACAGUAAAUGUACAACGGAAAAUGGGUAGAAAAUUGAAUUAAAAUCAAAGAAAAGAGAUCUGGAUUAAAGCCACCAUUCAAGGAAUUAAGCCAUGGAAAAUUAUUCAUGCGAAAACAACAAAAUUUACUGUCGUGGCUUGUAAUAUAUAAAAACAAACGCCAAACAACUUCCUAAUAGAUGCAUCAAUCCCGAUUUCAUACAUUAUGCGAAUCAACAUAAAUCUUAAUUAUCAUUUGUCAUAUCAACUUUGCACUAUCCUUGGGAUCUCUGAGUUUAUGAUCGAGAGUACUAUUUUUAGAGCUCUUUGAAAAGGUAACAUUUUUGUGACUAUCGCGUGAGCGAUAGCCACUAUGUCAUCGUGUCGUUGCUUGCUUGCUUGCUUGCUUGCUUGCUUGCUUGCUUGCUUGCUUGCUUGCUUGCUUGCUUGCUUGGUUGCUUGCUUGCUUGCUUGCUUGCUUGCUUGAUUGUUUUGGACCUUAAGCACGUCGGCAGUUGUCGUCAUAUAUCCUGAAUAUUUUUUAGCAGACCUCUGUGUUGUCUGGGAAUAUUUUCAAAACAGUUGAAUAUAUUUGCAGAGUAUUCUGUCUAGGGCACUAAGACUUAUAAGAGCCUGGCGGGUUGAUUGUCUGCAUUUGAACCAUUUUCUUACUAUUUAACAAAUUGUAUAAGUGAUAUGGUAAAUCAUCUUCGUUUAUCUGUUAGAUAACAGAAUAUUUGCGAAGAAAAUAAAGAAUUUAUGUAAUGUGAUUUAUCAAAGUAAAAUCUACUUUAUCUAAAGUAGUUUAAUAACCAGGAAACUAGAAUUGUUAGGAAGGUGUUAAGCCGUUAAGGGAAUUUACUAAUACUAUAAGCUUGGCGCCGCCAUAUCUAAAAUAGAGCAUGCAUAUUGGCACGCAAUGUGGGUGAGAGGAGUGGUGCAAACCUUACAUAAGGGACAGCUACACGGCCAAUCGUCAGUAUCGACUACAACUGCUGAGAAAGACAGGAUGGUUACUCCUAGCCAAAUUAUCCAAAACAUUACUAUUUUCAAACAUAUACGUAUUAAUAAAUAUUGUUUUGUUUACUUAAAUAAAUCGGCUAGGAGGAUUGUUACUCCUAGCCAAAUUAUCCCAAAAGUGUGCUAUCUUUAAUGUUUGUCGAAUGCCAAGAAAACAAAGCUUCGGAGAAUGAAUGCAUGCACAUGCGGUGGCUGCAGGGGCAGUCGGUAAUUUAUAAUACAUAAAUCACAUUACAUAAACAGAGUAUUCUUAUUCUUUCGUUAUAAUAACGGUCAGCGUAGUCGUUAACUAAGCUAUUGAUAUCAAAAUAUAUUGGCCGCGGCUUAAACUAUGAAAGUAGUAUUCCGAAUACAUUAGUUCUAUAAAAUUGUCUUCAAGCUAAUUCAUAUCCAUUUCCGAUGCGAAGAAAAUAUAUUCGUGACACUAUUAUCCCAGUUAGCCAGACUAGCCUAGACAUAUACUGAAAGUGAGAUAUGCAAAAACAACGGAGCUCAAAGAUGUUUUGUUCUUCGGAGUUUUAUGUCAGAAAUUCAUAUUAGUAUCGAUAAUAUUUUGCACCACCAAUUACCCGUGUUGGGUAAUUUUCAAGUAAAAUGCUAAUUUCAUUGAUAUUUGGUUAUUAUUCUCUACAUGCAUUGCAUAUCGAUAUUGCAUAGUGAUAUAUGACGGAUUACAACAUACGGAAAUCAGGCCCGUUUCAAACGUCGCGCUACUGCCCUGUCGAUGCGUUAAAGACAAAAGAUAAUUAGCUGAAAUUCCUCAAAGUCGAUAUAUUGUGUUUAAGGUGGCUCCCUACAGUUUUCUAAAAUUUUAAGUAUUUUAGGUAACCUUCGUUUUCAACCAAAUUUAUAUUGAACACACUUAAGACAGGGCAAUAUAAUCAUUUCCAGGAAAGUUCAGAAGUCUUCCUCUGUCGAUUGCACUUUUAUUGUCUAAUUUUACAAUCAAACGGCAAUAUCUUUUUUUCUUUCUGUCAAUUUUUCUGAAUUUUUUUUUUAAAGAUUUAUGGUUGAAAGAGGAAUGACAUAUUAAAAUUUGAAGGGAUGUUUAUAAGGCAGGUUUUGAGAUAUUCAUGAAUAACGACUACUAAAAAUCUGUCUUAUAGAAUUUCUUGAAAUUUUGAUAUGUUUGGCAAAUCGUCAUGCUUAGCAAACGUGCAAAGUUUAAAAAAUUUUCACCGAAGGAAACGCGAGAAAAAUAGUCCUAAAUCCAGUUGAAGCUGUUGACGUGACAAAAUAUCAAUUCGACAUAACCACUAUUUGCGCAUGCGUGUAAAUUAUAAUGCGUGAGGAACACGAAACUUUUUUCGCAAUUUUCACGUUGAUUUUUUGGCUUAUAUGUAUCACACAGAUAUUUUUUACUUACUUGAAAUGCAAAUAAAAUAUAUAUAGGUCUAUAUAUGUUCAAAAUACAAAAAAUUGAGAACACAAUAACGCACUGACUUAAUCCAACGUUUCUUAGAUUUAGUUUUGUUGUAAAAAUCGGUGUGAAAACUUUUCAAAACAAACAUUCAAGUAGAGUUUGACUUUUCGUAUAAAACAACUCGUAACUGUCUGCAUUAUAGUUUUAUUGGAUUCAGCAGAUAAAAAACUACAUGUGAACUGAGUUGAAUGACAGGAUUUACGUAAGUUUCAGUGACAGUUCAGGAGUGCCUUGAAGAAAGUAUAAAAUAUAAUUCAGUCCGUGGCACUGUUCAACAUUGUGAGCAUUAUGAAAUAUCAGUACUGAACGUAUUAAAUAUAUAAAAAAAAACACACAGAAGGUAGGUAAAAAACUAGCUAACAACAUACGUACUGUUCGAAUGUUGAAAAGUGUAGGAUUACAAUAAAAAACUGGCGUUUUCUUUGUAGAUAAAAGUACAAAAACAACUUCCCGCGGCUUGUUUCAAGAUUUUUACCGGGCCACGAAGAUUCCAUGCCGAGUCGCGAGGAUGACGUCUGAGCUAUAUAAAUGUUUUAAACUGGACUAUAACUGUAGGGCCUUAGGCUUUAUACCUGCAUGUGCUGAUGAGCUACGUCUCACAUCUCAUUACAUUUCGAUUUUUUUCUUUCUCUCGAAUGUUUAUAUUUAUUAUUUAUUUAUUAUUAUUUAUUUAUCAUUAUUUAUUUAUUAUUAUUAUUUAUUAUUAUUUUAUUUAUUAUUAUUUUAUUAUUAUUAUUUAUUUAUUAUUAUUUUAUUUAUUAUUUUUUUUUAAUUUUUUUUUUAAUAAGUUAUCCUCACAAUCAUGAAGCCGAAUAUAGAGUGUUUCUUUGUCUUAAAGUUAUACGUUCUCAAUUGAGACCCCACAGCAUAAAGGGAAUUUAAACAAUAUGUUCACUGAACACCAGUACUUAGUAUAUAUAGGAUUAGGCAUAUUUCGAUAACCAAUAGCUUGGCGGAUAUUUCCUAGUGGUGAAACGUUCUCGGGUGUAAAAUGACCAAACCGUAGCAGCGUAGCUGUCCAAAUAGCGGUAGUCACAUGUACGCGCUGCGUACCUAUUUUUUACUAUGUUUCAAGGUAUGAAGGUAUCAAUCCCGCGCGUGCAAAUCUUAAGGGAGCGUUUUACCACUUUAGCGGUUUCGAUAGUACUGGAUCUUCAACACGCGAUUAGAAACAGCACGAAUGCGGGAAAUGUUAUUUCAUAUAGAGACAAAAUCAAGAAUUUUACGGGGGGAGAACAGUUUUGUUGGAAGUAAGGUAGUGUUAUCCUUCUAAAACCCACUCUUCUUUCGAAAGAAAAAACGGUAGUUGACUAAAAGGCUAUUAAUCCCUAGUAUUUUUGUAUUAUCUUUUAUAAUUCCAACACGGAUUGCGCUGGAUAACUACCCUAAUUGUUUUUACCUUCUUCGUUUUCAUGUAGCGAAUUCUUUGUUGCACUUGGUGGUGCUGAAGGACUUCUUCUUGUUCAAUGUGAUAAUGGUGAGGCGAACUUCAACCUAAUUGCCUGUUGUCGAUAUAUUGUUGAUGAUACCCGGCGUCGUACACUAGAAGAAAUUGACAUUUCCAAGAAACCUAUCCACAUCAUCUUUAUCAUUCAGUUACCGAAGAUUGCUGGGGGAUGUCAACAUUUUAUAGCAUUUCAAGGUGGAAAAUGGCAGUCAGUUCAUAUUGACGAGCUUCUUGAAUCGAACGAGCAGCUUCCACAGAUUGAACAGUUGGUAGAUCGCUCAGUAAGUGAUCUAUUUCAGCCAGCCUACCCUGCAAGAUGUGAUGUUAUUGAAGACAUCGAUGUUGAUCUUGAUGGUAGUUUACCAAGUGGUAGCCAAGAACUGCGUGUGGAGAACACAGAGGUAAAAGAAAAAUGUAGUAUAUACUACAAAACAAUGAUGGAUCAAACAGUUUAA